AAAACGGAUACGUUUGCGAACGACGCGUGACCGUUACGAUAUUUCGUUCCCGGCACGAGAAGCGAGUAGUUGGCCGAAAUAGGUUGUGAAACUGACAAAAGCUCGGGCGCCAUAUUGCGAGCUUGUGUUUGGUUAGCAUUCUGGCGCGUGGUGAAGAAGUUUGUUGUAAUUUAAUUGAUAAACGAUGUCCGACAAUCAGGAACAAAAGCCCGAAGCCGGCCCAGGCGACGCAAAUUCGGAGUACAUCAAGCUCAAAGUCGUCGGAAAUGACAGCAAUGAAAUUCACUUUAGGGUAAAGAUGACCACUCAAAUGGGCAAGCUAAAGAAGUCCUACAGUGAUCGUGUGGGUGUACCUAUGACAUCGCUUAGGUUUCUUUUUGAUGGUAAAAGAAUCAAUGAUGAUGAAACACCAAAGCAGCUUGAAAUGGAGAAUGAUGAUGUGAUUGAAGUAUAUCAAGAACAAACAGGUGGUCAUUAAUUGAAUUAGGGGAGAAGAGAAGGCUUAUUAUUUCGUUCUAAUAUUUCUUAAAGUGAAAGUGACUAUCAUAAAAAAAAAAAAGAUGGACAAGUUUACUAUGCAUAUAUAUAUAUUAUAUACACACAGACACAAAUUAUUAAUAUGUAAUUUUUUUUGACUUCACGUACAAUAUUGUAAAAUGUGCUGUCUUACAUUCCUGUAUCAAGAAUCAUCACUGGGGAAGUUAUUUAACUUAUCCCCAGAUCAUUUUAUAAAACUUGCAUGCGGACAGUUAUGCCUUAAGAUUGCACACUCUGUCUUCUUGGUGUGUCAUCAGGGCAACUCUCAGAAAUAGACUAACUGAAUUAUCCGCAAUUCUAAAUGCGUUUCACAUUUAUAAGUUCCUUGUCCAUUCAUACUUGUCCUCAAAAUUUACUUUCUUUCUUUCCUUUUUUUUACCUAUUGUAAUGAAUAUAAAAAAAAAGAUGUGAAUAUGAUAUAACAAAAUUGUUACAUUUAAGGUAUAUAAUAAAAGUAAUGAUAAUUGUAAA